UUAUGGAAAAUUCGUUUCCAAACAAGGUUGCAGCGCUUGAUAAUCAAACGAACCACAACUCAAGUCAAAAGCCUGUCUUUGGUGGUGAUCUUCCAGAACGCACUCAAGAAACUUGACCCAGCAAGUCCAGAAUUCAGAAGCUUCAUUCCAAGACAAACCUCGGCCUUGCACCAUUUGAUGCAAUCCCCAACCCAGUUCUCCAUUGCUUCCAAAUAUGGCUACCCCAUUUCUGGCUGGACUUGCAGUGGCUGCGACAGCUCUAGCCGGUAGAUAUGGAAUUCAGGCUUGGCAAGCGUUUAAGGCACGUUCGCCAAAAUCUACAACCCGAAAGUUUUAUGAAGGUGGCUUUCAACCUAAAAUGACCAGAAGGGAAGCAGCUCUCAUCCUGGGCAUUAGAGAAAAUGUAACUGCAGACAAAGUUAAGGAAGCGCAUCGAAAGGUUAUGGUAGCAAACCAUCCUGAUGCCGGUGGUAGCCACUAUCUUGCUUCUAAAAUCAAUGAAGCGAAAGACGUCAUGCUUGGGAAAAAAAGAGACGGUGGAUCCCCAUUUUGACACAGUUGAUGAUUCUUGAUGAGCAUUGGCAAUGUUGAUUCCUCAGAGCUUUAAUGUCUUAAUGUUUUUUUAAAUGCAUAUGGCAAGAAAGGCAGAUCUUAUGCGGGAAUCAACACCAGCAAUACGUUGCAUCCCUUGUCUCAGACAUCGAAGGUUUCAAGUUUUGACCUACUUGCACUACCCCUAUGGCUGGUGAAAGCUCUAGAAAGUAGAAACUGUAACAGACACAUGUCUAUAGUUCCCUUUCAUUUGAUUAUAGGUACAAUAAAUUGUGAUGGAGUUAAAAUGACCCAAGCUUGAGGGUUUUAGAUUUAACAUGUGACACCAUUUUUGUCGACUGUGACAUGAAUUUGAUCUGGAUCAUUUGUUGGGAUUCA